CUAAGCUGUAUAUUCCGCAUGGAUCCCGCCGCAGGAGGUCAGAACAGUUCCAGCUGCUCUCAGUCAGUGCUCGGUCGUAUGUGUGACUGCAGUUGGUCACAGUAAGUCACAACGCGCUUGCAUGUCACGCUGAUGUUGCGCCAGUGAGACUGCCUGCUUAUAUACCUCUCACAACAAGUGCUCUCGACUUCUGUAUACACACCGCACACCGAGAACGACAGGGCUGGCAACACGGCAUCUUCAAUUCAGAGGGACCACGCUCAUCUGUACCGUAUCCCCAGGACGAACGUAGCAAUUGCAACGAAUUCCACGAUUGACAAACAUGGCAGAACGUGUCAACACCAACAUGCUAUUUGCCAACUUCAAUCAAGACUUUACGUGCAUAUCUGUCGGGACACGGAAAGGCUACAGCAUCACCAACUGUGAUCCGUUCGGCAGGGUGUACACCAAGAAUGAUGGUGCAAAGGGGAUUGUCGAAAUGCUUUUCUGCACGUCGCUCAUCGCGCUCGUCGGUGCCGCCGAUCAGCCACAAUCUAGCCCACGCAAGUUGCAGAUUGUGAACACGAAGCGGCAAUCCAUGAUCUGCGAACUCCUCUUCCCAUCCUCUAUCCUUGCCGUGAAGAUGAACCGCAAGACGCUGGUCAUCGUCCUCGAAGUAGAGAUCUACAUAUACGACAUUUCGAACAUGCGGCUCAUGCACGUUAUAGAGACAACACCAAACCCUGAAGCCAUCGUCGCCCUCUCCCCCUCUACCGACAAUUCCUACCUCGCAUAUCCCUCUCCGGUCCCCUCUCCCACCUCGCCGCUCGCUCAGCCAUCUGUCCAACCCGCCACACCGUCCUCGUCAGCACAGCAGACAGGCGACGUGCUCAUCUUCUCGACACGCUCGCUAACCGUCGCAAACGUCAUCCAAGCGCACAAGUCGCCGAUUUCCUUCCUCUCGAUCAACUCGGCGGGGACGCUGCUUGCGACCUCGUCCGAGAAGGGCACCGUUAUCCGCGUCUGGAGCAUUCCCGGAGCAGAGAAGCUGUACCAGUUCCGCCGCGGCACGCGUGAGGCGCGCAUAUACUCGAUGAACUUCAACCUUGUUUCAACACUCUUGGCGGUCAGCUCCGCACACGAUACGGUGCACAUAUUCAUGCUUGGCCAGCAAAAGGCAUCGCCUGCUGGUCUGAAGACGCCGUCGAGUCCAUCGGAGUCGGUGGACAGCCGGGAAGGAACGCAUAACCUUGAUGGAGGGUACGAUGCCUACGUCGAUAAGAAGCGGCAUGGAAGCGUAUCUCAGGCGCUGCGGCGAAGGUCAAUACAUCUCACGAAGAACAUCACAUCAUCGGUGGGAGGCUACUUGCCCAAUACACUGACAGAAAUGUGGGAGCCAUCGCGAGACUUUGCAUUCCUGAAGCUACCAACAAGCGGGGCACGAUGUAUCGUUGCUAUCAGCGGUUCAUUACCUCAAGUGAUGGUGAUAUCCUCGGAAGGCUACUUCUAUUCUUAUAGCAUCGACCUGCAGAAUGGCGGGGAAUGCUCGUUGUUGAAACAGUAUAACUUGCUGGACUCCAGCGAAGAAUCCAACGAUUGAAUUCGCCAUCUGCAAAUGAUGAUGGCCCAUAUCCUGGUUGUGGUGUGGCGAUUCUUCAUGUUUCCGACCGUAUCAACACUGUACACAAAUAUCCCGGUGCAAUGGUGUUCACCGACCGACGAUACUCUCACGUCCUGCAGUAGAAUGUGUACAUAGCAAUACUCGUUUAUGCUGGUUCCGCAGGACUUUGGUCGUUUUCGCUCGUUUUCGCUACAAUAUUGCCCUGUACUUGAAUCACGCAUUGAUUGGUGUCCGAGUCUAUACAAUAUACUUAUUACGUAGUUCUGGAGGAGUAUCUCGGCCUGCAGCUAUUCAGUGUGGCCGAAUUACGAACCGUUGUAUUUUGC